AUGUCCUUUGUUUACCAAUCCCGAAUCAGGGUCUUGCUUCCUCUGUUCGUGACUACAUUCUUCCUCACGGCGCAGGCGGCUGUUCCUGAAUCCACCUAUGUCGGCCUCGGUACCUCUCGAGAUACGGACGAUAAUGUCACCGUCGCCAUCAAUGUGCCCUCCGACAGCACCGACUCUCUCUUCUUCUACUUCUCUGCUCCCGCCGGUCAAGAAUGGGCUGCCUUUGGCUUGGGCGGUCAGAUGGACGGGGCGUUGAUGUUCGUCACAUAUGCCAAUGACGAUGGAAACAAUAUCACCCUCAGCCCGCGUCUCGGCACGGGCCAUGUCGAGCCGAAGUAUACUUCAGACGUCAAAGUCGAUGUCUUGAACGGGAGUGGCAUCAUUGACGGCACGUUUGUCGUCAACGCCAAAUGUACCGGUUGCCGCUCCUGGAAUGGCGGUAGUAUCGAUAUCAACAGCGAGGAUCAAGAUAUGAUUUGGGCCGUAGGCCCUGUUGGAGAUAUGAACUCGAAUGAUGUCUCGGCCACGAUUGUCCAGCACCAAGGAUACGCUUCGUUCGAGCUCAAUCUCAAGAAGGCCACUGGCACUGGCGGUGUCCCCGUCCCCUCAGCCGACGAAGUUGAUUAUACAAGGCCGGGCGACGGUGGACUUUCUCGAGGCGGUGUCGCUUUCCAUGCAUUUCUCAUGGUUGCUGCAUAUUUGGUCGUCUUUCCCACCGGAUAUUUGGUUCUGCGUUUCUUCGAAAAAGUCUGGCUCCACUGGGGUGUUCAGUCCUUUGCUUUCCUCAUGGUCGUCAUUGGCACGGGUGUGGGAAUUGCCGUCAGCAAAAGGGACAACCUCAAUCCCAGUUUGGACUCCGUCCAUCAAAUCCUCGGUCUUGUGGUAACCGGGCUCGUCCUCCUCACCUGGACGGUCGGCUUCAUUGGCCAUCGCAUCUAUAAAAAAACCGGCGCCCCUGCCAAAAUCAUGAAAGGUCAUCGUGUCCUCGGCCCAAGCACCAUCGCUUUCGGUCUCAUCAACAGUUUCAUCGGAUUCAACUUUGCCGAUAACAACCGCCGGGGGAUGAUCCUCCUCGCCAUCGCCAUCGUCUUGAUGCUCACUUUUAUCGGAACCGUUCUCUUUUUCAAACGUCGCCGACAAGUGCGAAAAGGACCAUUGAAUACCCCUGCUGCGGCUAAUUUCCGUGAGGGUCAAAUGGAACCCGGAUACGCUGAUCGGCAGCACCCGCAAUCUCUGCCUUUGUAUGGACAAGGCGGAAUUCCUCUGCAAAAUUAUGCCAAUACCCCGCCGGUCUACCGCUAG